AUGGACCAAUCAAUGCCGUGCGAUGCCGACAUGGCCAAACCCCUGCCAAAAGACUUGAGCCACCAUUACUCCGAUGUCACCAAGGCACGGAAGCCCAACUCGCUCAAGUUGCUCUAUAAGCUUUUCACCAUUCCGGGUAUCGGCAACCUGGCUGGCGGUCUUCCCAAUGCCCAGUUCUUCCCGUUCGAUACGCUCGAGGCUCAGUCAGCGCGCCCGCAGCGAUGGACACCAACGCCAAAUCGCCCUGGCAGCGAUGAUGCUCUCUCUUCUGCCGUGACUUCGGUAAAAGUGUCGUCUGAGGGUCCCAAGACGGCUUCCCACGUCGUCGUUCCCCAUGACGCUGAUACCCCUGAUGUCACCAAGAAGAUUGAUCUUGCCACUGCCCUGCAGUAUGGCCAGGCCUCGGGCUAUCCGCCUCUAGUUUCGUAUAUUCGCCAGUUUACUCGCGAAUGCCUGCACCCUAAUGUCCCAUAUAGGGAAGGGGCUGAGGUUGCCCUAACCGUAGGGUCAACAGACGGAUUUGCCAAGGUGCUCGACGUCUUUACUAACAUUUGGGUGGAAGAGAAGAACGAUAUUCGCGAGCGACCUGGCAUGUUGGUUGAUAUCUUCACGUACCCUAGUGUUAUGAACCAAGCUCGGCCCAGGGGUGUCCAGAUAUGCCCUGUAGAAAUGGAUGACGACGGCAUGGCACCGUAUGGCCCUGGUGGAUUGGAAGAUGUCUUAGCAAACUGGGAUGACGCAAAAGGAAAGCGACCCCAUCUACUAUAUACUGUCUCAAUGGGUCACAACCCAACUAGCGGCGUACUUUCACUGGAGCGGAGGAAAGACUUGUAUGAGAUAUGUAGCAAGUAUGAUGUGAUUAUCGUUGAAGAUGACCCUUACUGGUAUCUCCAGUUUCCGUCGGCAGAGAUCGAGGAAGCAAAGUCACGAAACAUGCCGGUUCCCGUGUCCAAGACCGCCAACACCUUGCCUAAGAAGUCGGGCUAUCCUUUCCUAGACUCACUAGUACCUUCAUUUCUCAACAUUGACGUCGAUGGCCGUGUUGUCCGACUGGAUACAUUCUCGAAAACAGUUGCACCAGGUUGUCGGCUUGGCUGGGUUACGGCCACGCCCCAGAUUUGCUCACGUAUAAUAGCCGUGUCGGAAACUGGUACCUCCCAGCCGUCGGGCUUUGUCCAAGCAAUGAUUGCGGAAAAUAUUAUGGGUCCGCAACCUGAGGCCACUGCCGCAUUCAUGUCACGAUCGCGAAAAGAUCAAGCUACCUUUACCGGCUGGAAGACGGAAGGAUGGGUACGAUGGCUCGCGGGCUUGCGUGGCGAAUACGAACGGCGCAUGAACGAGAUGUGCACCCUCCUGGAGGAAAAUGCGUAUCAAUUGAAGCAAUCGACGCCUGUUCGUGAUGCUGAUUCGGACUGGGGCGUCAUUACAAAGACCAAGCUAUAUGAUUUCAGGUGGCCCCGGGGAGGCAUGUUUCUAUGGGUUAAAGUGCACUUGGAGAAUCAUCCAUUGUUCGGCGCGACAGGGACUCAGGGUACUGUUAUCAACGGACCAGCGCUCUCUAAAGCGCUCAUGGUAUUCUUGACGCACAAGCCAUAUCUUGUCCUCGCGAGCCCGGGCAUGAUGUUCAGCGCCAGCCCCCAAAUCGCCGCUCGGCAAGGCUGGUCUUUCUUCCGUCUCUGCUUUGCUGCCGAGACCGAUGAAAUGAAUCGUGACUGCUCGGUACGGUUUGGGCACGGCGUACAGAAGUUCUGGCGGGUUAAGAAGAUAGAGGAGCUAGAGGCUCUGUUGGAGGAAGCAGGCACAUUCGAGGUUGAGGAGUCUGAGAUUAUGAUGGCUAUGGGCUGCUAG